CAAGUGGGGGAGGGUGGAGGAAACCCGGGAGAAGGCUUUCUCCAGCCCCCAAAGUUUUGAUGAUGACCAUGACUACGAUGGCUGACGGCUUGGAAGGCCAGGACUCGUCCAAAUCCGCCUUCAUGGAGUUCGGGCAACAGCAGCAGCAGCAACAGCAGCAGCAGCAGCAGCAGCCGCCGCCGCCGCCGCCGCCGCCGCCGCCGCCGCCGCCGCCGCCGCCGCACUCUCAGCAGAGCUCCCCGGCCAUGGCAGGCGCGCACUACCCUCUGCACUGCCUGCACUCGGCGGCGGCGGCGGCGGCGGCGGCCGGCUCGCACCACCACCACCACCAGCACCACCACCACGGCUCGCCCUACGCGUCGGGCGGCGGCAACUCCUACAACCACCGCUCGCUCGCCGCCUACCCCUACGUGAGCCACUCGCAGCACAGCCCUUACCUCCAGUCCUACCACAGCAGCGGCGCGGCCGCCCAGACGCGAGGGGACGACACAGAUCAACAAAAAACCACAGUGAUUGAAAACGGGGAAAUCAGGUUCAAUGGCAAAGGGAAAAAGAUUCGGAAGCCUCGGACCAUUUACUCCAGCCUGCAGCUCCAGGCUUUAAACCAUCGCUUUCAGCAGACUCAGUACCUGGCCCUUCCCGAGAGAGCUGAACUGGCAGCUUCCUUAGGACUGACACAAACACAGGUGAAGAUAUGGUUUCAGAACAAACGCUCUAAGUUUAAGAAACUGCUGAAGCAGGGCAGUAACCCGCACGAGAGCGACCCUCUCCCGGGCUCCGCGGCCCUGUCGCCGCGCUCGCCGGCGCUGCCUCCGGUGUGGGACGUUUCCGCCUCGGCCAAGGGCGUCAGUAUGCCCCCCAACAGCUACAUGCCCGGCUACUCCCAUUGGUACUCCUCUCCACACCAGGACACGAUGCAGAGACCACAGAUGAUGUGAGUUAUCCAAGGGCAAAAGAUACCCUAGGGAGACGUCUGAACAAGGCAAGGAGGAUCCGGGACCUGCUUGCAUCUGCCAAACCGAGCCGAAGGAGCAGGCUCGGGAGAACUCUCAUGUGUGGCCAGACUGGGCGCUUGUUCUUUUCUCUCUCCUCUCCCAUCCCCUCGGUCUCUCUCUCACACUCUUCCUUUUUCUUUUUUUGCCUCCCUCCUUCCCACUUUUCUUUUUUAAAUUCCUUUCUCUAUCUGCCUUUUCCCUUGAGCAGCCUCAGUAAUUGAUUUUGAAUCUUAGAGAGAAUGAGAAACAGAGAGACUGGUUUCUAAGCCAGUGCUCCUGAAGCCUCUCACUGUAAGGAUAUUUUCCCUCACCCCCUGGGAUCCAGGCUCUGAGCCUCUUUUACUCUUUGGGAGUAUCCAUCAAAACGACUUUUUAAAGCAGACAUUUUCCCCCACCAGAAGAAUCUGUGCAAACAUGGCAGCGUUUUUACUUGUUUAAUGAGCUUAAGACAUUACAUGAUGAAAAAGAAGCAGUUUGGACUCCUGCAUUUUUAUUUACAAUCCCAGACUGACAAAAAAAGAAAGAAAGAACAGAACAGAACAGAAAAGAAAAAGAAACCCUAACAGCCCUUCUCUAAAAAAAAAAGGAAAAAUCGGCUGUAAGAUUAGAACAUUGCCACGAAAGGAAUGCUGCAUGUUUUAUCAAAAUGCAAUGAACAAGAAUGAUGAUUUAAACAAAACAAAACCACUUUCCCUCCACCCCUACCCCCAAACCCUGAACUGGAAUCAGGAAAGACAGAGGAAACAACCAAAAUCACCAUGCUAUUGCUUUGAUAUCUUUACUAGGUGAAUUGGUGGCAUUCACUAAGCUAAUAGGGACAUUUAUAUCAAGAAACAUUUCUGUAUAUAUUGUUGAAUUUUAGUUGUACAUAUACUUUGUAUGUUUUUGUCUUCUUUCAUACAUGGAGUAAAAGCCACAAAACGCUAA